AUGGCAGGACAAGUUGCAGCAAUAAAGUUACGACAGUUUAUAGAUCCAGCACCAGAGACCAUUCCAGGAACUAUUUUUCAUCAGGGAAAGGAUGUUAUUGGUUACUUUCCUGGACAGCUGGCACGAAUUUACAUUGCAUAUCCUCCUGAAGGACAGUUAAGACCUUUUACAAAGUUACCAUCAGGUCCCCCAAAAGAAGAAAUAAUAUAUCCACAUGAGUUUGAUUAUUUAAUUCUGCACCAGUAUAUUCAUUAUCAAAGUGCAAAGAUGAAGGUCCUUGACUGGUAUACACAAACUACAUACAAAGAAGCAUUUACAUUACCAUGUUUCAAAUCAGGUAGUGCAGAUAAUUAUCGCCACAGAUCAGAUGCUGAAAUAAUGUCACUUUGGAAAAGUACGUCUGCUGUGAAGAAAGAGAGAAUUAAACCUUCUUUCAUGGGUUUUGGAUAACUUCUAACUUCUGAAAUUCUUCUCUUUUUAAAGCAGCAAUAUGAAAAGAUCCUAUUAGACUUCUUCAAAUGUACUAAAGAUGACUGUUAACCCUUAUGUAAAAGCUGUAUAAUUUUAAAGAUGGUUAGAUUUGACUAUAGAAUUUUUCUAAAAUUCCAUUGUAAAUAGCAAAAAGAAAACAUAUUUCAGUCUAAGAAAUGGAACUUCAGCAAAAUAAUAGAUUAAGAAGCAGCAUUCUAACCUCUCACUGUAGUAAAUAGCAGUCAUUGUUAUAGGAAAAUUUUUAUGAAAAAUGUUCUAUUCUGUCUCAAAUAGACACAAAAUUAAAAAAUAAUAUUCAACAUCCCCCCAAAACAAAAUUUUCCUCACUAUUUCAUAGUCACCACAUGAUUAUUACCACAAUGUUUUUAACCAUCUGUUUGGAUAAUUUAAUAAAGAGUUUGAUGAAGUCACCACACAUUUUGAACAUUUAAAAUGUUAUUGGCACCAUUUAUUUUUAUUUUUAUUUUUCCAGAAAUUUCUAAUGUACUGAAGGGAAAUCAUUUAAGAACACAAUAAUUUUGCAAAAUAAUCAAAAGGUAAUAUCCAACAGUAUACCAUUAUUA